CAAAGAUAAAGAAAACAAGUUAAUCCAAAAGGAAGAGAAAUGGCUGACAAAUCUGAUAUUAGAUACAAGGCUGGUGAGGUCGCAGGCCAGGCCCAGGUGAAGAAGGAUGAAAUGGUUGACAAGAUGAGCAACAAGAUGGAGUCAGCCAAGGAGUCAUGCCAGGAGGGAAAGGAACAAGCUAGUGGAUUCAUUCAGCAGACUGGAGAACAAAUGAAGAACAUGGCCCAAGGUGCUGCUGAAGCUGUGAAGAAUGCAGUGGGAAUGGGAGAUAACAACAGUGGAAGCAACAAACCUAGGAUCUAAUUAUAUAUGUCUUUAAUUAAGUUUUGCUUCAAUGCACUAAGAAGUGAUUUUAUUUUUGUGUGUUUAAUAAGGAUGUAACUAGAGUUUAUAGUUACAGGUUUAAUUUGUUUAAUUUGAUUCAGUGUGGUUGGUGAAUUUCCUCAUUAAAUAUA